GCGCCCCCCGCGCGCCAGUCCCGGGGCUGCAGGGAGCGCAACGCGCGCGGCCCGGGCCCCGGACACCGGACGCUGCACCGGACACGACCCUCCCUGGAGCUUGGAUUACUGCCCACUUUGGACACAGCACCGGACACUGCCCCCCACUGGGCCGGACACUACAACGGACACUACUUCCCAGCCCCGGACAUUGCUACCUCCUCCCCCCACCCCGUCCCGGAGUGUGUCCCCCCCCCCCCCGGCCCCGGACAUUGAAUCUCCCUCUGGCUCUGGAUAGAGCCCUGCUGCACCCCAACCUCAGACCCUGCCCUGCACCUCCACCUCUCCCGGCCCCGCACGCUGCCUCUUUGCUUGGCUCAAGUCCCGCGACCUGACUGUUUCCGCGACUCCCCACCCCCAACUAUCAACCCCUCCUGCGGCUCGACGAGGCCGCCUGCGUCCUCGAGCCCCUUGCUGCCCGGAUGCCUCUCCCAGGGGGGCUCUGGUGGCUCCUUUGCUGCCGUCGGGGCUUCACUCUACUGCGGAGGGACUACGGGGACGGAGAGCUUGGUGGUGACGCGGACGAGGACGAAGACGAGGAGACCUUUGAGCUUCGGACCCCGGGUUCGGCGAGCUGCGGAAGGGGCUCACUGGAGGUGACAUUAACACAGCCCGGGAGAAGCGGGCCGGGCUCAGACAGGCUGCAGGGCUCAGAGGAGACGAGAAGCCUUAUACCUGAGCGGGGUCCCCCUGAAGAGGAGCCAGACAUCAUCGUCAAAGGUUGGCUGCAGAGGGAGCCUCGGGUAGGGGGGGCCCGGCCCUGGCUGCCCCCCCGAAGGGCCUGGUUCGUGCUCACUCGGGAUUCCUUAGACCAGUUCAGCGGGAGUGGACGUGGGGCCCGGAGGCUGGGGAGUCUAGUAUUGACCAGUUUGUGUUCUGUGUCUGGUCCUGAGCGAAAGCCCAAGGAAACUGGUCUCUGGUCAGUGACAGUGUCAGGCAGAAAACACAGUGUCCGACUCUGCUCUUCUCGACUAGCUGAGGCUGCCCGCUGGGGUGCAGCACUUCGCAGUGUGAUUGCAGGGAAGGCACCCCUAGAGACUCCCACCCAGCUCCUACUUCGGGAUAUUCAGGAGAGUAGUGGAGACUCUGAGGCUGUGGCCCUGAUUUAUCUUCGGAAUCCAAUCCUGAGGCACACCAGCAGCGCCCUUUAUGCCCCACUCUUACCUCUGCCUUAUGGGGUUGGCCCUCCAGGUCCCCAAGCCCAGUCUGAUGCGUCUUCAACCUCCCUAUCCCCACCUCCCAUCACUUCCCCACCAGGUCCGGGCUAUGCGCCACUUCGAGAAGAGGCCGUACGGCUGUUCUUGGCCCUGCAGGCCCUAGAGGGGGCGCGGCGUCCUGGGCCGCUAAUGCAGGGUGUGCUCCAGACCUGUCGGGACCUGCCUGCGCUCAGGGAUGAACUCUUCCUGCAGCUGGCCAAGCAAACUUCGGGCCCUGCAGGGCCCCCAGAACCCCCCUCCCCUAACAGCCCGGCUGCCCUUCGAUACUGGCAGUUACUCUGCUGCAUGAGCUGCACCUUCCGGCCUGGAGGGGUCGUUCGGGGGCAUCUGCUGGGGCACCUGGAGAGGACAGAGAAAGCGUUUCCCGACACCGAGCUGGCUGAAUAUACACGGUUCAUCAGGAAGGCUCUGGGACGGACUCGGGGCCGGGAGCUGGUGCCAUCUUUGGCAGAAAUCUCUGCUCUCAGCCAGCGUCAGGAACUCCUAUGUACUGUGCACUGUCCAGGAGCAGGAGCCUGCAGUGUGGCCAUUGACUCACACACUACUGCUUCGGAGGUGGCGCGGGAACUCGUGGGGCGGCUAGGCUUGUCUCGGAGCCGGAACGCGUUCGCGCUCUACGAGCAGAGGGGCUCCCAGGAGCGGGCCCUGGCCGGAGGGGCCCUCGUGGCUGACGUACUCACCAGGUUUGAGAAUGUGACUGCAGAGGAGGCAGAAUCUCCAGAUUCGGGCUGGAGACUGUGUCUGCGUCUACACGGACCUUUGCAUCCUGAGGGGCUGCCUCCGGACGGGCACGAACUGCCUUUCCUAUUUGAGCAGGUGUGGGUUCCUGAAUGUUGGCGCCGCGGGCGUGAACGCGCGCGGAUCCCGGCGCCAGUGAGCCUCCCCCCAGGUUCCCCCUUAGCCGGCUGCCCAUCCUGCCCCAGGCUCACCUCUGCUAUGCUUUGCUUCCCGGGCUCCCUCCGCCUUCCAGAAGCCCCGCUCUCCCCCCACUCCCCAAUUGUUUUCACCACCCCCUCACGGGUGUCACCUCUGCAGGCCCACGCUCUUCUGUUGCGGGGCCGGCCGCCCCCGCCCGAGGACACGCUGAGGGCCUUGGCCGCCCUGCGCCUACAAAGUCUCCAUCGUGACUUCUCUCCUCUGGCUCCUCUUCCGCGUCUAGACCGCCUGCUGCCCGCUGCGGCCCUGAUGCGCGAGACCCCGCCCCGCGCAGCCCCUAGAACUCCUCACCCCACCGCCCUGCUGGCCGGGGCGCUCUGGAGUCCGGGCUUGGCCAAGAGGAGGGCAGAGCGGGCCAGGCGAGGGGGCGCGGUCCGGAGUGCGGGCCCCGGGGCCCGCGAUGGGGGAAGCGCGGGGGCUGCUGCGGCUGUCCUGGGAGGGUGGAAGCAGCUGCGGGGCAUGGGCCAGGCCGAGGCGAUGGCGACCUACUUGGCUCUAGCUGCCCAGUGUCCAGGUUUUGGUGCUGCCCGAUAUGACGUCCUGGAACUGAGCACGGAGAGUGGGGGUGGUGUUCCCCAGCAGCUCUGCCUUGGUGUGGGUGCCAAGACCAUGUCCCUGUCUCGACCAGGGGAGACUGAGCCCAUCCAUAAUGUCAGCUAUGGUCAUGUGGCUGCCUGCCAGCUGACUGGCCCACACACUCUGGCAUUAAAGGUUGGGGACAGCCAGCUGCUCCUGCAGAGCCCUCAGGUGGAAGAGAUUGUGCACCUAGUGAACGCCUACCUGGCCAGCUCUACUCCUGACAGAUCUUGCAGCGUUGUCACCCCACCAGACCUGCCAACCACACCCUCCCCUGUCAGCCAGAAUCCAAGCCUUGAUGACCACCAAGUAUAAUCUGCCUGUUUGGGCCAUCAGCAGCUGAGAGACUUGGGACAGUGAUGGAAUCGGGGCUUGCCCACACAUGAACAUCUGUCACCAUACCUGGGUCUUGGACUGCUCUGGGAUUCCGAGAACCACUGACUCACCCUACCACACACACGAGCCCUGCAGGGACAGGGCCCCUUGUCAUCUCCUUUUCCCUGCACCCAGGGGCCAGGAUUUUGACAAGCACGGACAAUUUUCUAGUUUGUUUCUUAAUUUAUUUGUAGAAGAAAAGAAAAAAAAUCUUUAUUUACACAAA